AUGUCCGACAGCGGCCACCCUGCGGCCGACUUCGGAGAACCCACCGAAGCCGCCGGCAUCGCCAGUGCAGUGCGGCGUGCACUCGAAGGCCUCCGUCCCCGGGUCUCUCGGCAAGAGUUGAUGUGGGAGCUCGGCAUCUCAAAGGACGUCGCAAGCGCUGCUCUCAAGGUUGCUGCCGAGGCGGGAUCCGAUGGCUCCGAACAGGGCCCAAUGGCCUUGGAUUCCGUGGUCGCUGCUGACCUCGCAGAUGGAACACGCGAGUUUCGCUUGUUACCGACAGCCACGAUGAGGACAGAGCCGGCUGAGAGCACCGAUUCCAAGCAGCAUGUGGAAGUCCAUUCUGUACGGCGGUCACCGAUAAGCACGAAAGAUGCUGCGGGAUUGCAAUGGAUGGCCGAUCUGGACAGCUGCUGGGAGGCCUACCGACCUCCAGCCCAAGAUCUGCCGCCAAGUCGACCUCCUGCAGCCGCGGCCGCGCGUGCGCAUCCCACGGUCGUUGUCGAUCUAUCAGACUCUGACAGUGAUGAGGAGUGCAGGAUGUUGAGGGAUGCCUAG